AGUCAGACACCCUGGGAAAACAUUUAAGGAGGGGCAAAACGCUGCACGGCAGUUGUGAGAGGAAGGAAUGAGGCAAGAGGCAGAAGUAAGAGUGUGAAAUGGCCCAGUGAACAGCAGUGGCAGUGAAGAAGGAAUGAGAAGAGUUGUUCUAGCUGCCACAGCAAACAUUGCCCUGCAGCGUGUGGAGGAGGAGAGCAUGCUGGAGCUGUGCCUGUGUCUCAGAGUCUGAUGAAGAACAACCCCAGUCACCACUGCAGCCUGUGCAGGAUCCCACAGUGGAGGAGGUGGAUGCUUCCUGAAGGAGCUGCGGCCUGUGGAGAGCUGUGCAGGAGCAGGUUUAUCCUAAGGGCUGCUGAAGAACCUAGAUAAGAACUGGAAAAAGUGUGAGGAAGGAACAGCAGAGUGGAACUGCCACGGGCUGACCGCAGCCCUAUUCCUUGUGCUGCUGGUGGAGGGGAGCUGUAGGAGCUGGGAAUGAAGGAAUGAAUGUCAGGUGGAUGGACAUUUUCAAGAGUGAUUUCUUGAGUUCUGCUUACUGUGCUUUGUGGUGCCUGUUCCCUUAAUUCAAAGCCCCGAUGAGCUGAAAGGGUGUUUGGUGCAUCCACAGUAGUGCUGGCCUUUGGGGAACCUGUCAUGGUUGAACCCAGGGUGAAACUGCUCUAGCAAAACGAGGUAUGUGGAUAUCAGAGCUCAAAGGCUUGUUUUCCUUUGCUGAAGUAACGAGGGCAUUUAGCACUAACUUCUCUAGCUGACUUCGAGCGUUUGACUGCAUUCAGAUAUUUUCAGUAAUGGGAAGCUAAACUAGCAGAUGUUUUAUGACACUCUGUGACCUUUGUUCCAUUUUAGAGUGGGAGCAUUGAAGUUGAUGAAAUCAUAAAUCUCAUGAAUUCUGUCUCUCUUUCUGUGUGUUUUUCCUACUAUCAGAGAUUAAGAGAUACCAAAAGUAAAACGAAGUGCAGGUAUUAGAAGCCUGUGUUUGGAUAUGCUAUGUGUAUGACCAGAAGCAUCCCUUUCACAGGCUAGAUUUCAGAUGUAACACCACAUUCACUGUAUUGUUUUGGUCCUCCUUUGUUUGUAAUCGUUUGUAUAUAAUCAUCCUCCUAAAGUCACUGUUCCCAUUUAACAGAAAGCUGCCUUCUGACCUUCAUUGUGGGAAGGCUUGUUGGAGGAUCACAGGAGAAGAGUGUUGGAAAUGCUGUUUGCCUCCUGAUCUGGCAGAUCCUGCGUCUGUGUGAGUCAGUGGUGGUGCAAAGAAAGCACAGUUUGGGGAUUAGCUCUACACUGUGCUCUGCAGAGCAGAGAGGAAGGUUAAGUCAUGUUUUCUGACACUCGAAGAACAGUCAGCGCUGCAAUUCCAUGAGUCACAGAACCACAAGAAGUGCGGCUGCCCUCCCUACAUGCAGCUUCCUUUCUUUACUGUAACGUUCUUCUUGGCACCUCUGGCUUCUUCCCUACUGAGUGCACAGCGGGGGACCCACGGUGGCAUCGGGGGGAGCGAUGGCCAUAAGCUUGUAUGUAUUUCACUUCUUCAAUAAGUUCAAAGUGUUCCUUCUUGUCACCUUGUGUUUGAUGAUGCUAUGGGCUGCGUUCAGUUACUUUGUGGAUUCUGGACAGACAAUUCCUAAACUUAAGAGUGUGGGGGAGCAUUUUGGAAAGAUAAUCAGCUUGGAGAAGGAAGAGGACAGUCAGAAGGAAGAAAAGAUGAAGAUAACUGAAGGAGUUCCUGCAACAAAGCCACCUCAGGGUCCCUGUCCAGCUCUGUCUCCGUACCUGCGAGGUGCCAGCAAACUGACCUUCAGUCCAUCUCUCACGCUAGAAGAAGUGGAAAAGGAGAACCCUCAGGUGGCCGAGGGCCGAUACCACCCUGCAGAGUGUUCAGCCUUGCAGCGUGUGGCCAUCCUCAUCCCGCACCGCAACCGUGAGAGGCAUCUGCUGUACCUCCUGGAGCACCUGCACCCGUUCCUGCAGAGGCAGCAGCUGGAAUAUGGCAUCUACGUUAUCCACCAGGCUGGCAGCACCAAAUUUAAUCGAGCUAAACUGCUGAACGUGGGAUACUUAGAGGCCCUAAAAGAAGAGAACUGGGACUGUUUCAUUUUCCAUGACGUGGAUCUGGUGCCAGAGAAUGACUUCAAUAUUUACAUGUGUGACAGACAACCCAAGCACCUUGUAGUUGGCCGGAACAGUACUGGAUACAGGUUACGUUACCAGGGAUAUUUUGGAGGCGUAACAGCUCUAACAAGAGACCAGUUUUCCAUGGUGAAUGGAUUCUCUAACAACUAUUGGGGUUGGGGCGGAGAAGAUGACGACCUUCGAAUCAGGGUUGAGAUGCAGAAGAUGCGAGUGAUGAGGCCAUCUGCUGAUGUAGCCAGAUACACAAUGAUCUUCCACAACCGUGACCAUGGCAAUGAGGAGAACAGAGAGAGGAUGAAGCUUCUGCGUCAGGUAUCUAGAACAUGGAAAACAGAUGGGUUGAAUUCCUGUUCCUAUAGACUGCUGUCAGUGGAACAUAACCCUUUAUACAUCAACAUCACAGUAGAUUUCAGCAUGCAGCCAAAGAUCUCAUAGGGGUGAGCACCGCACAGGUUUUAGGAAAUGGCAGCAGAUCCUGUUUGUGGUUGGUGGCACAGCAGAUGACUUGCAGCGCUCUGCUUGAAAGAGUACUUUAGCAGCACAGAAGAAUGUUUUUCUGCAUGGCAUCUAAUUAGUCAGCAGAGAAGCUCAUUUUCUGAGGACUGGAGAGGCGGACUGACCCCUGGGCAGGUCCUGGUGUUCUUCUAUGCACUUUCUGCUGAGAUGUUCGCAAGUUUCCUUGUUUGGGCUGGUCCAGUAGAAGGACUUGAAUCAAGUCUCCUGAAAGAAAUAUUUCUUAAAACUAUUCCUGAACUUCCAGUUUGAAGUAGGAAGGUGACACUGCCAAGGCUUCAAAAGGAGCAGGCCAGUCUUUUCCCCUCAAAAGCACAAGAAUUUUUUACCAUCUAUAAACUUGUUGAGAAAAGCUCGUUUCUUCUAGCCUGAAGAAAAACUGCUUGUGGGGUGGAAACAGCAAUAAUGGUAAUAGGGGAGAAAUGAUUAAAAAAAUCUCUCAAUAAAAUAUAAUCUGCUUAAUUCAAAAA